GGGGUUUGGUUCCUGUGAUUGACAGGAGCUGUGUAUAAAGCUCUAGUCCCGUUAGUUAUGUCCCUUGGAUCUGCUGAACGGUGGGAGCAAGGAAGGAACAUCUACACAACGGUCUCAUUCGUCUAAGUGAACAGCCACCCCACAGUCAAAGGCAAGAUGCUGUCUCAAUUGGAAGGGGCAAUGGAUGCCAUCAUCAAAGUCUUUUACAAUUACUCUGGGAAAGAGGGCGACAAGUACACGCUGACCAAGUCUGAACUCAAGGACCUGCUGAAGGGGGAGCUCGGAGCCUUCCUGAAGUUUCAGAAGGACUGCCACACGGUGGACAACAUCAUGAGAGACUUGGACAUGAACGGUGACGGACAGGUUGAUUUCCAGGAGUUCAUUCACUUGGUGACGGCCAUCACCAUCGCUUGCAAUGAUUUCUUCAUUGAGCUCCUGAAGAAGCAGGGCAAGUUGUGAGAGUGAGUGAGUGAGUGAGUGAGUGAGUGAACGAACAUUGCCGUGAAUCCUGAACAGAAAUCACACAACUCUGGACAUUGAUAAUUAUCAAUAAAAAGUGACGGACGGGCCAUGACUGCCUGGUUUCCUAAUUCCAUUCAUUACCAACGCGCUUUCUAACAGCUUGAAGCUCAGCUGCAUCAAUGGUUUGCAUUCACGCUAACAUAUUUUGCAUCAGGCAGGAAGGACCAUGGUAAAAUUGAAGAUCAAUUGGUGAUCAAAUGAUAUCAGUGGUUUAAACCAGCAUCUGUUCUUGGUUUCUUGGUCCUCCAAAAUAUUCCAAAUGGAAUUUAAACUGGAGGUGGUGAAGGGAGGGGUUUAAGCCAGAAAAGGUAUUUGGGAAGAAAGAGCUACCUUAAAUUUAGUUGUAUUUGG